AUGGCGGUCCGUCUUCGCCUGGCCAUGCACGGCCCUCGUCACAAUCGUGUUUUCCACAUAGUCGCCAUACACGGCACCCGUGGGCGCAACGCAAAGCCUAUAGAAACCUUGGGCAAAUUCAACCCGCGCAUCACACCCGGGGAGACGACGAAGACGGUCGAAUGGAGCGUCAACCGGAUACGAUACUGGCUCGGGGUGGGUGCCCUGCCCUCGAAGACGGUGGAGAGACUGCUGGCACUGGUGAGUGUGCUUCGU